GCAGUGACCACCGAGCCUGCGCGUGAAAUUGUGCUAUAUAUAGGUAUACUACAAGUCUACAACUGCGAGCCGAAGUCGACCAGACUCUCACAUAUAUAUCUAUACAAUACGUCCGAGAGCACCAGCAACAGCAAGUGCACAUGUAAAAGGUCCCUCAACUGCCACAUUGGCAUUCAGUCUCGCGCUCCUCUCGGGGAGCAACAGUGUCAGUCCGCGGAGCGAACAGCUGUUGUUGUCGCGACCCUUCAAUACCCAUAAAUACUUACAUAUCUUUUCGGAGCAGUUUUUCGAGGACAUGAGCUGGAGGUCCGGGCAAUCCCGGGCGGCCCUGAUCGUGCCGAGGUAGUGGUGUAAACGUCGUAGCCUCUCUCUCGUAAAGUUUUUUUUCGACGCUCACCAAGAGAGAAAGUGCGCCCGCUGAGAGAGCUGCGCGCUUCCGGCCUGUGAUUAGAAAUUCAGGGGCCAGUUGUCACCGGGAAUUGAGCUGAAAUCGUAAUCAACAUGGACGAGACGACGGUACUGUGGGUCCUGUCUCUGGUGAUGCUGGGAGGGUCCUACCUGGCCGGCUCGCUACCGCUAGUGAUGAAUCUGUCCGAGGAUAAACUACAAUUAGUAUCAGUUCUGGGUGCUGGACUACUUGUAGGAACUGCAUUGGCUGUGAUCAUUCCUGAAGGAGUUCGAGCCCUCUUUAAUGGAGCUUCGAGCACAGCAACUACUGCACAUGAUGCUAGUGAAGCUCAUCAUGCUGAUCUUCACAGCUUGAUAGGAUUGAGUCUGGUACUAGGUUUUGUGUUCAUGCUGCUUAUUGACCAGUGCUCGACGAAAAGAAGCGGAGGCAAAGAACGAAGCAUGACCGCAACACUCGGCCUCGUUGUCCAUGCCGCGGCCGACGGAGUGGCUCUUGGAGCUGCUGCGACGACGUCGCAGGCUGACGUCGAAGCCAUUGUGUUUCUGGCUAUUAUGUUGCACAAAGCUCCAGCAGCUUUUGGUCUUGUGUCCUUUCUGCUUCACGAAAAUGUUGAAAGGAGGAGAAUCCAGAGGCACCUGUUGAUAUUUUCACUGUCAGCCCCAUGUUUGGCUCUGAUCACAUACUUUGGAAUUGGAAAAGAAGGUAAAGAGACUCUUAAUAAUGUGAACGCGACUGGCAUAGCAAUGUUGUUCAGUGCUGGAACAUUUUUAUACGUAGCAACUGUACACGUUCUCCCCGAACUGAUGACUAGGAAUAGUACAAAUUACUCACAUUUACCAACUGAUACUGUGUCGUCAGCGCCUUCUUUCGGUUUGAAGUUCAAAGAAAUUGUGGCUCUGGUUAUAGGUUCCUUUUUACCUGCCAUUCUCACGACAGGGCAUCAUCACUAAUCUCUUGGAUCUGUACUUGGUUUUCUUGUAAAGCUCAAAAUGUUUAAUCUCCGUUAUUUUCAUUUACCAAUUAUCAUUUGCAAUGAACGCGAAUUGGUUGGUGAACUCUCAUUAAAAAUUUAUUUGUGGUGAAGAAUCCAUUUGUGUAGCUAGAUUUUAAUCAAAUGCGUUAUUCCAUAAAGAUUGUAUUUUCCACAUUUGGAAUUGCGGGAUAACGCGAUUAUAUUAGAUAAUUAAUUAAGUGUUCAUUGUAAAAGAGGUGGACUGAAUGCAUAAUAUUUGCAUUUGUACAUAGAUCUAACUAAAUUGUACUAUUUGUAAAUCCAAAAAUGUUAUUUCAAGAUGAUUUUUUUUUAAUUUUAAGAAAUCAUGAAUGUACGUUUUUUAGAUCAAGAAAUGCGUCGAAACCAGUACAAUAGUGCUCCUAUUUGUAUAAAAGUAAGAAUUUAUAAUAAUUGUGUGUCUAUAAAAAUUUCUAUGAGAAAAUGUUGAUAAUUAUUCAUGUUUUUUUUUGUUACAACGAAUUUUUAUUCUUGUUUAGUCCAGCAAUUUAUUGCCAUUUUUUAAACUUUAAAAAUUUUCUUUUAUCCAAGAAUGCAGGGUAAUAAUGAUUUUUUAAUGCUUAUUAUCUGAAAAUUAAAAUUUUUUUCGAAAGGAAAUAUACCUAAUUUUUUUUUAUAAUAAAACCAUUGUUUUUAAGAAUUAUUUUAGUUUUCACUUAACUUUCCUUGCGUACCGUGUCCAGUCAGAUUACACUCAAAAAGUAAAGAAAUGUUAUGGUACUGUUAUUAUUGUAUUCUAGCAAUUCUCUGUAUUUUGGGCUGGAUCAAAUACCACAAUAGGAUCACCCCUUUUCUAUAAAUAUAGAGAGGUAUGUGGAUUAGAUCACUGUUGGGCAUAAGCAAAUUUUAAAGAAGCUGUGUAUAAGCAUUCUCGAAAAUUUUAGCUUUUUAAUCAGGCACAGAUGUUUGUAUUAGCGGAUAUCUUAAAACUUUUAAUUUACUCUUUAUAAUUUUCAAUAGCCAAGCACAUCUUCAUUGUAAUUUAGUUUGAUGGAUUAGUUUCUAUAUUUUUAACAAAAAUUAAGAUUGAAUUGCAAUAUUCGAAAUAAAUAUAGCAAUAUUUAAGAAUUUAUAUAGAGAUAAUUUAUUAAUAAUAGUUAAUGACUAACAGAUGUAUAAGUAAAAAAUGUAUUUUGUAUUUUGAAAUUUAGUCAACGAGUGAGUGAAAACAUACGUUUAGUUAUUGCAAAUUUUGUACCAUAUUUGUUAAAAAUUGUCCAUAGAAAUUUCUCGUGUAUUCGUACAUGGAAAUAAAGAAAAUUUAAAGAAAAAAAAUAAUAAA